CGACGGAGUACGACUGUCCCUCCCUUCCUCUAUGCAGGUGUGCCAUCAUGUUCGCCGUUCCAGGAUGGUCCGUCCCCAGCUCUGCAUUGAAGAAGCAGGCUGAGCCUGCACCAUUGCCGCCUCAGAAUGAUUCCCAACCUGCAAAGGAAGCGGCCAAAUCCAAAAAACGCAAGCGCAUAAAUGACAAUGUCACGACUGCCAACGUCGAGCAGAUGUACCAGCAUGUUAUUGAAGCUAAAAAUGGCAAACCCAAUGCUGAGAAGAAUGGUGCAGUCAAGUCGGUAAAAGCGAAGAAGGGAAAGAAGGAAGGGAAGCCACGUCCUGGGAAUGCCGCCGAGUCUUCUACAAAGGGAGAGCGCACAGAACAGGGAAAGGACAAUAGUGCAUUAAACGCAAAGCCAUUGGAAGGGGAAGAUGCGAAUGAAUACAAGAGGAAUAAGAGACAGAAGAAGAACAAGGAAGAUAAGAAGAAACAAGAGCAAGGAAAGGAUGAACAACAGAAUGAAAACAAUGCCAAACCAAAUCCUACGUCAACCGGCACUCCUGCUUCUGAAGCUGUACCAAUACCCCCGGAACCGCCAGGGCUCACUCCACUGCAACAGGCUAUGCGUCAGAAGCUCAUCUCUGCGCGAUUCCGCCAUUUAAACGAAACCCUCUAUACUACGGACUCCAAAAAAGCAAUGGAAUUAUUCGGGUCAAAUCCUGAACUCUUCAACGAAUACCACGCAGGAUUUUCCCUCCAGGUGAAAGAGUCCUGGCCCUCAAACCCUGUCGACGGCUAUAUCCGUUCUAUUCAGUCUCGCGGAAAGGUCCCCCCGGCCCCCAAGAAGUCUAAUAAUGAGAAGCGUCUCCAGACUCGCCCUCUUCCGCGCCGUCCCAAUGGGCUUUGCACUAUUGCCGAUCUUGGCUGUGGUGAUGCCCGACUGGCCCGUACCCUGACACCCUCGGCGAAGAAACUGAAUCUCAAUCUCCUUAGCUACGACCUUCAGGCCCCUGAUCCACUUAUCACAAAAGCUGAUGUCUCCAACCUCCCCGUUCCAGAUGGUAGCGUGGAUAUAGCCAUAUUCUGUCUUAGUCUGAUGGGUACGAACUGGGUCUCCUUCGUGGAAGAGGCAUGGCGGGUUCUCCGCAGUGACGGCAAGGGCGAAUGUUGGGUCAGCGAGGUCAAGAGCCGUUUCGGAAAAGUCAUCCGCAAAAAGGCCCAGAUUGGCGCAAAGAAACCGCUCAGUAGAGCAGAGAAAAAGAAGCUGAAGAAGAAAAACAAGCGCGGAGAUGACGACGAUGAUGGCUCUGACGUUGACGAUGCGGAGGUCUACGCUGAAGAUGCCCGUCCAUCGGAUAAUGACGAAACAGAUAUUUCGGCGUUCGUGGACGUCUUCAGAGCGCGUGGAUUCAUUCUCAAGCCAGAGUCUGUUGAUAAGUCUAAUAAAAUGUUUGUGACCAUGGAGUUUGUGAAACAGGGCGGACCGCCGACGAGAGGUAAAUAUGCUACCGUUGCUGGCAGUGGGGUUGGACCUGGAAAGAAGAAGUUCAUCGAGAAGACCGAUGAAUCUCGUCACAAUUUAUUGCCCGAGGAGGAGGCCAAGGUUCUCAAACCUUGUGUAUAUAAAAUCCGGUAAAUUGGAGAAGGGGACUCAAUUUUGUUGAAACGCUACUCUAUGUGUAUAGGCCAGACAUCUCAUGUUCAAAAAAUGAAUCGACCCUUGGGGCAAU